GUGUCUAGACACACACGUGACCGGGCGCGUCAAUGCGCACUGGAGAGACUGAGACUAGAGAGACUGGAGACGGAGACGGAGAGAGCAAGGGCACCCACAACCAAAACCAUCCGCCUCGUUUACAGACACAGAGAGAGAGCCUGCUGCUGACCAACCUACACAGCACGUCGACGGCUCGCUUUUCUUGCUUCUACAGACACAGAAACUUCGUGUGAGAUACGAGCUUUUGGAUUAUUGAAUCUUUUUAAAGGAUUCGUCUCCGAGGCUCGUCGGUGCGAGGACGGAUCACCAACCCGAGGGACUCUCUAUAGCUUUUCUCCCAGAGCUUUCAACCCGGCUGAGAGGGAACCAGACCUGGAUCUGAUCCCCGGCUCUCAGCAGACCACAUCCUCUGCAGACCAGACGCAUAUUUAGACGAUAACGGAUAAAAGAAGAAGAAGCCCGCUGGAGAGACUCCUCUCCUCUCCUCUCCUCUCCUCUACUCUCCUCUACUCUGCGCAGUCGGAUCAAGGAUUUUGUGGAUUAAUGCUCUUGAAGACACGGUCGGUUUUUCAUGGGAUAAUUGUGACACCGUUUGGGCUCAAUUAGGCCCCAGUUUGUCUCAUUUCAAUCCACAGCCAAUGCGCACAAACAGAAAGAUGUUCUGACAUUAUUUUGAUGCUGAGAGAAUCGGAUCGCAGAGUGUUUUUAAAGUGAAGCACAUUCAUGCCUCCGUGUUUGAGCAGAGCUGUAUUAUACUGCUAGAUUCAUCUCUAUAGGCUGGUGUUAACCGCCUGGAGGAGGUGAUGGUUGUUUCUCCUCGGAGGAAGAGCUGACUGUCCCGGGAUCCUCGGCUGCUGCUCUCCGGUGAUCUCUCCGGUGAUCUCUCCGGUGCUCCAGUGUGCGGCAGAAGGCGACAGAGACUGGCGGAUGCUCCAGAUCUCCUCUGCUUCUCCUCCGGAUCCCAGUUUCUCCACCGUCUUCUGUGUUUCUCUUCAGGCUGCUCGUCACUGCCUGGAUUCGGACCCCGGAAUCUUCAUGAUUUGCGGACACCAUGCUCGUUUUUUAGCCGGGGAACCCUCUUUUCGUCCCGCAUGUUUAGGACCAAACGAUCGGGGCUCGUCCGGCGACUCUGGAGGAGCCGUGCGCCCGCGGAGGGCGACGGGGAGGCGGAUAGAGGGUCGCAUGGCUCCGGGGGCUGCUGCAUGGGCAAAACCACGAAGGUGGCCAAGUCCAGCGCCGGGUCCGAGGCGGAACUGAAGGCGUUGACCCACAACAUACUGAAGAAGGUCAAAGAAAAACAAUUAGAGGUGCUUCUGCAGGCGGUGGAGUCCAAGGGGGGCGCCCGGAGCCCCUGCUUGCUCCUGCCCGGCAGACUGGACGCCUUGGUGGGUCAACAGUCUUACUCUCUGCCCAUGCUGCUCUACAAGGUGUUCCGGUGGCCGGACCUCAGGCAUUCCUCGGAGCUCAAGAGGCUGUCUUGCUGUGAAUCCUACGGGAAAACCAACCCGGAGCUCGUCUGCUGCAACCCGCACCACAUGAGCAGACUGUGUGAACUCGAGUCUCCUCCUCCUCCAUAUUCGCGCUAUCCCAUGGACUAUCUUAAACCACCAGAUUCUCCAGACUCUGGACCUUCAUCCAGUGAUACUGGGGGAACGACAUACUCAGCCCCUGUGGGGCUUUCAGAUUCCCUGGCAUUGCAGGAGUCUGGCGAUAGGGCCCAUUGGUGCGUGGUGGCAUACUGGGAGGAGAAGACACGUGUCGGGCGCCUCUACUCAGUCCAGGAGCCCUCUCUGGACAUCUUCUACGAUCUACCUCAGGGGAACGGCUUCUGCCUGGGCCAGCUCUGCUCCGACAACAAGUCCCAGCUGGUGCAGAUGGUGCGGGCCAAGAUUGGCUAUGGCAUCCAGCUGACGCGUGAGCCGGACGGGGUGUGGGUCUACAACCGCAGCUGCUACCCCAUCUUCAUUAAGUCGGCCACACUGGACAACCCGGACUCGCGCACGCUGCUGGUGCACAAGGUGUUCCCCGGUUUCUCCAUCAAAGCUUUUGACUAUGACAAAGCCGGCAGCCUGCAGAGGCCGAACGACCACGAGUUCACGCAGCAGCCUCGCACGGGCUUCACGGUGCAGAUAAGCUUUGUGAAAGGUUGGGGACAGUGCUACACGAGACAGUUCAUCAGUAGCUGCCCGUGCUGGUUGGAAGUCAUCUUCAACACCCGAUAGCAGCAGCUUUCCUCUUCUUCACCCUCCUCGCCCCUCACAAACAGACUACACCCACUUUUCCUUUUUUUUUUGUUGUUCCAGAGGUUCAAACAGAGAAAAAAAAGUUUUAAAAGAAGAAGAAGAAGAAGAAGAAGAAAGUACAAAAUUCUGACGGACUUUGUUUAAUAAAUGACUAAGAUUUAAUUAAAUGAAAUAAGAAGCGAAAAAUGUAUUUUAUGUUAUAUAUAAAUAUAUUAUUAAUUGUAAAUAUGAAGACGUUUUAUAUGCAUCAUUAUUUAUGUAUUGUGCAAUGUGUUGAUGAGAAAAAGAAAAUAAGAUGCACUUUGCUUAAUAUAAAUGCAAAACAAAGAAAUGCCAAAAUAAAAAAAAAAA